AUGGUAAAUUUGAUUUCAUUUACUUUUUCAAGAAAAUCAUCUCAGUCGCGAACGCGAAGUCCAAUGGCGAUGUGGACCGAAUUACUAUUCGCGAUCGUUUUAUCGCUUUCGAUCGGAUCGGGCUUAUCGAAUGACGAUCGAUGCCCGCCAAACGCGACGUUAGAACUGACCGGUGAGUCGCCCGACGAUUUCGACACGGUGGAAAAAUUUGGCGAAAAUUUUCCAGCCAAUAAAAGGUGGUCAAGUGGAGAUAAAGUUUUCGGUUGUCUAUGCGAUAUCAAAGCAUGUUUGACGCUCUGCUGUCCGAUGGGAAUGGCAAGUUUUCGCGGAGAUUGUGUCGAGGACGAAAUCGGUCUGGACGUUUCGUCCAGAGUUGCGAUACCCCGCAUCGGUGACGAAAACGAUACUCGGGUAUUUUCGAAAAAUAAUUCCCAUUUUCUCUACGACAAACCCUGCGAUUACGGUUGGAUGUCACCGUGGACUUUGCAAGAGGAUUUCGAGGUAUUGACCGACGGAUCGAUUCAUUAUCCCGCCGAGGUCUACGCCAGGACUAAAUGGGACUUUCGACAUUACUGCAUAUUCAGACGCCCUGGCUCCACGGUGUACAUGGCUAAGGUCUGCCAUGUUCUUCCUAGGCCGAGUAAUUUGCAUCUAUUUUGCACGGUCGUAGCAGCUCUGGUAAUGCUAAUUAUUUUCAUCGGCUACACGGUCGUUCCGAAAUUAAAAAAUUUUCACGGACUCAUAUUCAGAUGCUACAUCGGUAGCUACUUUUUUCUCUACGUCUCUAUUGUGGGAGCUUUGUUGACCACGACGUCCAGACCACUGACUCCGUACUUCAGUUUGUUCAUGUGCGGCGCCGUUUACUUCUCCCUCACAUGCGCACUUUGGUUGAACGUCAUGAGCUACAACAUUUGGCAGACAUUUCGGAGUAUUCGGUCCGCCGAAUCUAGCCAAAAGGAAAGCGAAAAAAAGAGAUUCGUCUGGUACACGGUGUACGCUUGGGUCAGCCCCGCAGUUGUGACCAUUUCUUGGAUUCUGAUGACGGAACUUGUUCCAUAUUUUAGCGACGAGACGGUUGAUCCAAAUUUAAGAUGGUACGGCGACAUCAUGUUACUCCUAUCAAUUCUAAUUACCAACACGAUAAUGUACACGGUCACUACGUUAAAGAUUAAAUAUCGAAGGAAAGAAACUGCUGAGCUGACACGAGGGGUUAACAAACACCAUGAAAAGGAUGAGCAAUGGUUCAACUUGCACGUGAAACUUUUCGUGAUAAUGGGCGGUCAUUUGAUAAUUUGGAUCAGCUGGUUAUUCACGCGUGCAUAUUACGAUAUAUCCACCGAUAUAUUUAUGGUGUCCGAAAUGAUUCAAUCGUUUCUUAUAUUUUUUUUAUUCUUGUGGAAAGAGAACGUGAAGCGAUCGCUUUUGAAAAAAUUUACUGCAGAUAAUAUUCCGAUCGCAGGCAACAAAUGUAUUACUCCGUGUUCGAGUACCUCCGUUGAAUUGAGUUCGACACAGCCAUCAAAUAUUAUCCAAGUACCUGUCGACGAACAGUACAAUUCGAUGACGAUGAAAUGAUAAUUUGGAAAUCAAGAGCCGAAGGAUCUUCUCAUUUUUUCUUCUCUCCUUUGCUUGAGUUUCACCAGUUCGGUGCCUCUAGAAGUUUUAACAAUUUUGGAGUAAGGAAUUAACAUUUUUAUCAAUUGAGUAUUAUAUGAUAAUCCUAUGUAUUUUGAUCUCAGGAAUCCGAAUCUGAAAGAAAAAUUAAUCUAUCUCUAAAAUUGACAGAGUUAUCGCCAAUUUUCA